CUUGAGUCGAGAUGAUAAGCAAAAGAAAAGAAUAGAUCUAGACUAGUGAAUUCAGUGUGUCCCUAUUCUAGAACUAAGCUAAAUUCUAAAUGUGAAAUGGCAGGGGUCAAGUCUAACGGAUUAACCCAUAUUUUUGUUGAACUAGCUGGACUUGAGGAGUUGAGUUUACCUUUGUCAAGAUCAGCCAGGCUUAAGUAUACAUGCAUAUCUGUAUCUAAAAAGUAUGUGGCUUUGGGAUCUAAUACUGGCGGUGUCUACAUUUUUAGCAGAGACACUCUGAAAUAUCUUCAAGUUGUCUUUGGAGAUACAGAUGCUAACUCUGUUACCUGUGUGAGUUUAGCCCCCUCUGACCAACAUGUUGGUUUUGCCUUGAGCACUGGCCAUGUUGCUGUCUUUGAACUAAAUAUAGAAAAAAGAGCAAAACCUGAGAGAAUCCGACACACUCAAGAUCAUUUAGGUCACCACAUUAAGACCAUCACAUGGGACUCAAUAUCUUCCAAAAUGUUUGUUGGUGAUGAAACUGGAAAGCUCUCCAUUGUAUUUAUACCAUCUGCUAAGGGGAAGACACUUUUUGCUGGCCCAUCUGAAAUAAUUGCAUACCUUAAUGCCUCUGUGUAUCAAAUGGAGUGGUGGAAGGACAAACUGCUUGUUUCAACAACAUCUCAUACACACUUUUUUGAUACCAUUAAACAUAAUUACAGUACCAUUGGAACAAAAAAGAGAGAUGGCGAAUUUGGUUCUUGCUUUUUUCUGGAACCCAACUCCCAGUGUCCUGUUGUUUACUGUGCAAGACCAGGCUCUAGAAUGUGGGAGGUAGACUUUGAGGGUAAAGUUCUGAACACACAUCAGUUUAAGCAGCUUCUAGCCAUACCUCCACUACCUGUUGUGAAGCUCAGCUCUGAUAAAUUUGAAUUAGCAGUCAGUGAAAAAAAUCCAGCGCAGUCAGUCAAUUUUUAUAAAAUGUUCAGAGUUGGCCAAUUCAUAGUCACAUGGAGUUCUAAAGGGAUUUAUUUAUUUGAUCCAAUCAAUGUCAAGGUUGUUGUUUGGACACAAAAUAUCAAAGAUAUCAAAGAUGUUUGUGUCCUAAACAACGACAUCUACCUAUUUCUGGAGAGCUCCACCAUCCACAAGUUAACCCUUCUCCCCAUCUACCAGCUGUUCUCAAUUCUAUGCAUGAGGAAAAAAUGGUCUCUUAUGUCCAGCUUGAUGCUGUCCUCUGAUCAGAUUAAUAUUAGACCAGCUGUGAUGAAAAGGGUUAAUAAGGAUUUGCUGCAGACAUUGUUGAGUGGUCUGAAAGAGGAAGGGAAAGAUGAGCUGCUGGAGAAAGUUAGAGCAUCCAUGGAAGAUCUCAGUGAAAGUUCCAUUGAUUCCUUCUGUGCCAGUGAUGACUUCAUGGACUCAGCGGAGGUCAUGGGUCACACGUACCUACCUUCUGGGAUGGUUGUGGUCAGCGAGGGUGUCCAGAUAAGAGAAUCCAGAGCCAGUGAAAAAACUGAAUCAGGAACCAGAUAUGGAGAUGACGCUAGGCCUGGUGGUUCUUUUAGGGGAGACAGUGCAGACAUUGAAACAGAUGGUGAAGCAAGUACAAGAUUUGAUGAAAGGGUGAAUGAAAUCAAAGAUGAAAAAAGUGAUGAUAAGUUUAACCAAAGUGAUGAUUUAAAAGAAGAGGAUAAGAUUGGUGUACAAGCAGAGUUAGAGGAAGUUAAGGUAACUGGUCACAUGACAGAUGAUAGUCAUGUGACUAGCAAUGAAGAGAUGAGUGAAUCUGCUUUGGAUGACAAUAUUUCUGAGUCGCUUGAUGUGCAUGAGCAAAAUAAAAAAGUACAAGUAGAAAAUUCUGAAAAUAGCGUAGAAAACAAUUCUGAAAGUAGCUUAGUAAAGAAAGCUGUCGGAGAUGAUGCCUUGAAGAAAUUGUAUGUCAACAAUGGUAUUGUUCAACCACAAACUGAGUUUGUUGAUAGUGAAGAGAAUGUUUAUAAUAAAUUGAAUCAGGAUUUUAACGUCGUUGAUUCUGACAAAGUUACAGAAAGCUUGUUAGUAAGCAAUCAAAGUAUUGUUUCCCAGCUUAGUGUUGUUAGUGACUCUGGGAUGGCUGUACAAGAAGUUACUUUUGAUGUAGUUCGAGGACAGGAAAAACCUGCCUUUACCAGUAGAGAACAUGCUACCCACAUUGAAGUUAAAGUGGAUGCACAUAGAGAGGAUACAGGUUGUGAAGCAGUUGAAAGAAUGCGCCAGGCAGACUUGUCUACUACAGAGCAGGACUUGAACAGCGACUGUGGGUCUGCAGAAACUUCUCAGUCUGAAUUCAAUGUAACCAACUCCUCCGAUAUCAGCAGUGACCCCAUGUCUAACACCUCUGGGAACGUGAUUCCAGAUGGCGCAGAAACUGAGGGUUUAUUUGAUGUGACUGUUGACAACGAAGCUGUAGCCACUUCCACAGAAAACACUUCAAAACCUCAGCCGUAUCAGGUAAAUGCUGGGUAUGAUGCCAAUGUCAGUGAAGCUAAAUAUCUUGUGAAAGCAACACAAAAUGUAAAGCCCAAUGAAGAAAAGACAAUGCACAGGUUUUCCAAGAAUGAUAACGCUCAGGACUUAGUGAUAGCCCAACCACUGAAGCCCAGAAAGAAGAAGAAGAAAAAGAAAGCUCUGGGUACAGAUACUAUUGCAAGAUCUAUGUCUUUAGAUAUUUACUAUAACAAGUCCAAGAAUGAAUCUACCAGGUCAGCCUCUUUUGGAGAUGAUCCCGAGGACACCCUGUAUGACCGAGUUGAGAUGGACUUCGACGCGGUGUCCAUCAGCACAAUUAGCAGCAUUGAUGAAGAGGACGACUCCUUGUCCUCAACCAGUGAGGUGUUCAAUGAUGGCGCAGGCAAAAAGUCUUUUGAGUUUUCUGUCUCACCACCUGUCAGAAGCUCUGGGUCACCACCUGUAAGAGAAAAGCAAAUGUCCAGGAAAGCUUCAAUAGAGAGCAGGCCAGACUCUAUCCCUCCCUUGAUUGACCGUCUAGCGGCUGCGCGUGUUGUCUACAGCAACGACGACAUGAUGGUAGGGAAUAAAGAGAGCCCACCGAGCCAGAGCCCACUCACUGGCUCGGGUGAGCACUUUGUGGGCUCACCAAAGACUUCCUUGUCUUCUUUUACAGACAGCUUUUCACAGUUAAAAAGUCAGACCAAGUCAUUCAUAAAAACAAUAAAAGAGAAAAAUUUGAAGAUAGCCAAGUCUCCCAGUUCACCCAUGUUAUCUAGUCUUACAGUGCAGCAGAAAAAUGUUAGAGAAGAGGCUGAUUUGAAAGUUCAAGAUAGUGACAAUAGCCGGCUUCCAUCAACUGAACCUUCGCAAGACAUCAGUAAAGAUUUAAAAGAUGAACCAGCUCCCUCUAUAGACACAUCAGCUCUCUGCAGCACUGCAUUAGAGAUUCAGAAAUCUUUAGCCGAGCCUUCUACUUUAUUGAACUCUAAACUGGUUCACCAGUUACUCACCAAAUGGGCAGUAGAGCUGAACACAACCAUGCUUCAGUACCACCAACUGUUGAAGCAGCAUAAGGAUAAAAAUAGUAACAAGAUUAAAAAUGGUGGUGAUGUUGACAAGGGAUUUAACUCUGAGAAACUUGAACAACUGGUUAAUGAGAGUGAUUUGAAUAAAUCAACAUCUAUAUUGCAAAACGAAAAAACCUUUCCAUCAAACAGUGAUGAAUUAACUUCAAAUAUAGAGAGUUCCUUGUCUUUAGAUAACUCUUCAAAUAAAACUUCACCAGAGUUAUCUCCCUCACAGUUACCACCUCAGUAUUGGACUGAUGUCUUUCACCUCACCGACCCAUUUCAACUAAAGUACGAACACCUGGAACUUAUCCAAACUUUGACAACAAUGUGUUUUGUAUACAAAGCUACAGGCAAUGUUCUAAACGUCUUUGGGCUUUCAAAUGAAGACCACAAAACCAACUUGGUUAAAAAUCUGAUCCCCCCUGCAAUGUUCCAGAACUCAGCUAGUUUUCUUACUCACAUUCCCUGCUUAAAGCUUAUUUCAUCAAUCAAUGAACCUGUUAUACCUGAUAUAACAGAAAAUAACCAAACAAACCUUAUUUUAACUAGUCUAAAAAGUACAGAAUCAGAUGUAUUAGAUAAACAUCAAGAUACAGUAAAAAAUAGUGAUUUUAGUUCUACUUAUAAUUCAAAUGAUAAUGGUAGUGUGAAUUCAAAUGUGCAGGCACAUGUUAUUGAAGAUGAAAAUGGGAACCAGCAGUCUUUAGACAGCGACAUUACAAAAAAUAAGUUUUUAUUCAAUGAGGAAACAUUUUCUACUGAUUUAAGCUUAGCUCUGUUUCUGCGAGUCUACUUUUUUGCCUUAAAUUGUGAGAAAGUGAAGCAAGAGCUGGAUCACCAGGGGUCAAAGCUAUUUUUGACCUGGUCAUCUUUUAUGCAUUGUUCAAGGGACAGGGGUAAGGGAGACAUUGUGAGCAGCAUCUUAGCAGACAAGCAGGUGAAUUCUGCCAUAGACUACCUGAGGUCUGGGAUAUUACCUCACCAGUCUUCUCUGUGGGGCCACAUCUAUCAGUUAUUUGAACAAGUCCCAUCUAAGACCAGUGAAUUUGCUGGAGAAAUCAGCAAACAAAUCACAGCCACCGACAUCCUCCAUCUGUGUGUCCUGUGUGCUAAACCUGUCUCUGUUUGUCUGCCAAAGUAUGUCAAGCAAGUCAUUGUGGAUUUGCCUACAGUCCAAAGGCCAACAGCCUUCAGUGCCUUAUGUACAAAUAGGGAUGUCCGUUAUCUGCUGCUUGAGGCUCUACUUCCAGCCCUAACUAAAGAGCUGCCCCUUGAUGGCACUAAAAGCGUGGCAAGUCAUGUGGUGUCUAUUCUUCCAUUUGAUUGGCUAAACAUUCUUUUGUCUCUGGUUGAUGUUGAUGAAGAAAGAGAAGAAAUAGUAACUCUUUGUUUAAGUCAUGGGUAUUGGCCAGUGUGUGUUAAGUUGCUUACUAAAACUGACCAAUGGCAAAGAUUGUUACAGUUAAUUGUUGAUAUUGGUGACCUGAAGCUUUUAAAAGGAAAACACGGUGAAGAUGCUUACAUACCAAGAAACCUUGAAGAGUGGAGAUAUUUGUUAAAUUACUUCCAUGAGAGGCAGUCAAGCUUUACUGGAGAGGUGCCCACUCAGAUGGAUAUCCCUUGCACAACAGAACACAGCACACAUGCAGCUCCACCUUGUGAUCCUGAUGUACCACAAGUUAAGUCAGUCCAUAACCAAAACAAAUGGGCAACAGACUCUUCAACAAAAGAGGUACAAGAGAUCCAGGACAGGCGUAUCUAUGCAGAAAUCCAGUACGAGUCUUUCAAAACAAAACUAAAUAUCAAAAGGGACAGCUAUCAAGAUGAGGCUUUGUCAUGGAGCAGCUUGGGUUACCUGCUCUUGGAGCAUAUAGGGGGCGCUGCUACAAUAAACCUGUUGAUGGAAUAUCUUCACAACCUAUUGGUUGCUAAAAAUAGCUUGAGCACAGAGUUUUUGAAUGCUUGUUUUAUAGACUUCAGCAUCAAAGUGGAACAAGAUCUAGUGACCCAUGAGAUGCUAGAAAAAAUGUCAGCCUACAUGUGGGCCAAGAUGCCAGGGUUUAUUCCACCAUCUGUUUACCAUGCAAUAACUUUAGAGAGAAAUCUGAAAGAGAAAGGGGAAGGAGAGGGGGUGACACUACAAGGAGUGUUUGGUCAAGUCAAGUCCUUGAAUACAGAGGACAUGUUGUCUGAAAAUUUAGGAGGUCACUGGGGUCAGGAGGUGGACAUAUCAUCUCCCUGUUUGGGCUGUAAUAUUCCCUUGAAGUAUGUUAUGUCACUCUCAAGUCAAGGCGUAGUUGUCUUCCCUUGCAAACAUGCCUUCCACAAAUGCUGUGCCCAAAGCCAAUCAUGCCCCCUGCUGCACUGAAGGAAAUAUUGUUUACAGUUGCUGUUUGUUAUCACUUAGUUGGUAAAAGUGAACUAACUUGUUGUUUUCUUUUGUGGCCAACUGUUUGUUAUUCCCAUUUGUGCAACAAAUUCAUGUUCCAAUACUCAGGUUCUGUUGAUUCUUGUUGCUCUGUUUUCUAUUUUUAAACCCUGUGAUAAUAAGCUAACUAUGAUUUAAACUGAUUGAAAAUUCUUAAUUAAAUAAUGUCCAUGUGUAAUAAGCAGGUGUACAGACUAAUUUCAUCAAUUAAUUAGAUGAUAUUUAUAGUCCGACAAGUAAUACACAGCAUUGAUUUUUUUCCCCAUCUUUGAAAUUGUUUUGUUCUUUGCUUAAUUAGAAUGCACAAAUAACAUGGGUAUUAAGAACAUUUUAAUUUAAUGUGCCUUAACUUAGUCAGUUUAAGAAAACUAAUAUAUAUGUGAGAGAAUAUUUACAAUCUUGAAAUAAAUGGAAACAUAAUUGUUUCCAUGUUUUGUACAAUGUUUUUUGUUUCCUGAGUUUUUCUAAUCAAAAUUUUAUAGUUUCUAGGUUUGUAUUAUUUUUCCAUACAUAUUUAAUUGAAGGUCUGGAUACUUUUUCAUUGCAAUCAGUAUUUGCAUAUUUCUACUUAUAAAUUUGUGAUAAUUGUUUAUAAUCUUUUAUUCCAAUUAAUGUUUUUAAUCAGCACACAUUUAAUUGGCUUAUAUUCAUAUAUUGCAAUAUUUCAAUAACAUAAUAACUUUUAUAAUUUUCAAAUAUUUACUUGAUACAGAAGUUUUAAUUUGUUUUUGUGUAACAUAUUUUCUGAUUAAUCCUAGUUUAAAUUUUUUUAGUUGAUGUCAAAAUGAAAUUCAUUUGUAGUGAAAUAAUUGAUUCUGUUUGGUUGUGUUUGCUCACUUUUGUAAGCCUUUUGUUUGUAAGUUCUAAAAAGUGCCUUUUUUUUUGCACAUACAGUGUAUAUCAUUUCUGAAAUAAAUUUAACAAAGUGCUAUAGACCUUGAAAAACUUCAUGAUCACUAGUAAUUUCAUGGAUUUUUUUUUUCUUUUUUGAUAAAUCAAUAAAUUAUUUUGAUGCUAGAUUUUAUCAACUCAGAUGGGUACCUAAGUCACGUUAGGGAAAGUAAAGGCGGCAGGGCGCAGUACUAA